GGGGACUUGAAGAAAGCUUGUCCGCCACUGGCAGUCAAACGAAACCUCGGUAGGCCUGGCUGGUAAACUUAGGGCAGGCGCGGAUAUACACACAACUGUUGGUUGGAUGGAUUGCUUUCUACAGCAGCCGGGCCGAUAACGUCAUGCAGUUAGACAGCAACCCCAUGUCAGUCUCUGUGGUACAGCACCUCGUGAACACAUAUGAUGCUAUACAACGUCAAGCACAAUGAAGCGCUUCAGUGCCCCGGCAUCCGUCCACCCGGACCCGUCCCGCCCGCCGGAUGACGACGACAGCGACGCCAGCUUGAGCGACGGCAGCAAAAAGGUCAAGACCGCCCAGUCGUUCGAGUCCCUGUUCAACAGCGAGUCCCUGAGCGACAUCAUCCUGGACGUCAACGCUGGCGAGUCCGUGUUCCACGCGCACAAGAUGAUCGUCGGCCUCAAGAGCGAGCGUCUGGCCGCGCUCAUCACCAGCACGGCCACGGCGCCGGCCGACAACAGCAGCAAGCCCGUCCUGCAUCUGCUGGAGGCCCCGGAGUGCAGCGCCGUCUUCAGCCGGUUCCUCUACUUCAUCUACAGCGGCGCCGUCUGGCUCCACCGGGACUACGUCGUGCCGCUCUUCAAGCUCUCGGUCAAGUACGGGGUCAACGCCCUCGCCACGCACUGCGAGAACUACAUCGGUCAGCUCCUGGGCAAAUGUCUCAACGCCGAGAGCAACCCGCCCGCGACCCUUCCGGUCAGCACGGUGAUUGACCUGUACGAGGAGGACGUCUACCGCGAGGAAACCAAAAAAGCGGCGUUUGCUGUGGUGGCGCGGCGUUUUGUGGAGCUGAUCGGCAGUGACCGGUGGAUUACCUGCAGGUGGAACACUGUCAGAGACCUGCUGCGGUACGACGACUGCCUGUGUGAGGAGAAUCUAAUUCUAGUCGCCGCCACCGACUGGAUGAAGAAAAACAGACUGCAGGAUAAAAACCGGAUACAGGAAAUUUUAGCAUCGAUCCGGUACCCUCGCCUGCCGAGGCGGGUACUGUACCACCUGUACACCACGGCCAGCUUCAAGAACUUCCCCCAGGUCCAAGACCUAAUCGAGUCGGCUAUCAGGUACCACUGCUUCAAAGACGUGCCCGAGGCACAGGGCGAGUUCCUCGGCUUGCAGUACCGCUCACGCGGCAAGAAAAGCCGGCACACGGUGUGUGGGGGUGAGACCUGCCCCCCACACCAACAGACCUGGCACCUGGAGACCUGCUCACAGACGUUAGCGGAAGAUUUCAACGACAACAUAGCCGAGGUGAGCAACAGCCGGGACGUCAACUCCAACAGCCACCACUCGCCACACACGUGCCACACCAGCAGACAUUUCCACCACAACCGGCAGUGUGGGCACCAUGCAGGCGGGGCAUGUCCCAGCGCCAUCACUUCCUCCAUUCACAGCUCCCCCAUAGCAGCAGUACAGCCGCGUGUAGUGUGUCAAACUUUGUGUGAUAGCGACACACCCGACAGUGUAUUACACACACACACCCAAGUGUGACACGCCUCAAGUAGGAGUUUCCAAAAAAACCGACUAUUUACGACACAACCAAAUCUGCCUACUUUUAAGUCAAGUGUGAGUGAUACGCCAAACAAAAUCUGGAUAUCUUACAUGGAUAAAAUGGAUUGCUUGACUUACUUGAUGGAUAAAAUAGUUUGCUUUAUAAUUGUUAGAUAAAAUGGAUUGCUUGACAGUUGCUGAAUGAUUUGGAUUUAUUGACUUGGUUGCUGUUAAUUUUAAUUGAACUAGCUGUUUGUGGUGUUGAAAGCUAUGUAGUGAUAUCAAUGUUUGACAGGCUUUAUGUGAUAUAUAAGCUGGUUGUGAGCUUUUAGUCACUCUCCUUUUAAGACUAGCUAGGCAGCUGUAAGCCUCUAGCUAGGCAGCUGUAAGGCUCUAGCUAGACAGCUGUAAGGCUCUAGCUAGGUCGCUUUAAGGCUCUAACUAGGAAGCUGUAAGGCUCUAGCUAGGCAGCUAAAAAGGCUAGUUAGCUAUGAGUGAGCUAGCCAUACCUGUAAAUGGUUAGCUAGCUGUAAAGGCCUAGCUAGCAACACCUGUAGGGGGCUAGCUAUGUAGCUAAAAGGGCUAGCUAGACAGCUGUGAUGGUCUAGCUAGGAAGCUAAAAAGGCUAGUAAGGCAGCUGUAAUGGGCUAGCUAUGCUUGUAAAGGAGCCAGACUUGCCAAGACUGUAUAUUUAGUUCCAUGAGACAAUUUAGAUAUAUGUAUAUGUGAUAAUUUUUAAAGUGUUUCACAAAGUAUUUUAUUUAUGGCUAUUGUGAUGAAGACACUUUGUCCAAACGGGCCAACAUUUUGAUGUUUAUUCACUCAGUUGAAAUUAGCGUGUUAAUCAUUUCCUGCUUUCACUGGUUUAGACAUUUAGAUAUUUAAAUAAAAUGAUACAAUUUA